AGAUCUAUAACGUCCUUGCUUUCACUUUGAUUCAGUUUGCAGGUAGAAUGACAGAUCUCUACUCUUAUCAUCGGUCACCUUCGACGCCGGGAGCUCCGCCGCGCUCCGCCACUGACCUCUUUGGUGAUCCGACAGACGCCAAUCCUCCACAAUGGCUGAACCCGUCACUGUUCCUCUCCAAGGACUUCGACCCGGAAACGUACAUUUCGGACCUCCGCACAUUUGUCCCACUCGAAACUCUCCGUUCGGAGCUCCGGUCACAUCUCUCCUCCCUUCAGCGCGACCUUAUCGACCUAAUCAAUCGAGAUUACGCUGAUUUUGUCAGCCUUAGCACCAAGCUGACAGACGUUGACGCCGCCGUCGUACGUAUGCGUGCCCCUUUGCUCGAAAUCCGAAGUAAGAUCUCGGCUUUCCGUGAGGCUGUAGAAAGCUCUCUCAGCGCUUUGCUCUCGCGUCUUAAGCAGAGAGCGGAUGCCGGGGAGGCUAGGGAAGUUCUAGAGCUUUUGCUUGAUACAUUCCACGUUGUGUCCAAGGUAGAAAAAUUGAUCAAGGAAUUGCCAAGUGGGGCUACUAAUUUGACAAACGGAAUGGAUAAUUAUGCGGAAAAUGGUUAUUUAACCAAUGGGGUCACUUUUCACCAUACUGAAAAGGGAUCGAAUCUGAGAGAAACUCAAAGCAUGCAUCUUGAGAGAAUUGCAAGCGAGAUGAACAGACUGAAGUUCUACAUAGCUCAUUCGCAGAAUAUGCCUUUCAUUGAGAACAUGGAGAAGAGAAUGCAGAAUGCCAGCUCGUUAUUGGAUACUAGCCUUGGACGUACACUUGUAGAUGGUCUUGAACAUAGGGAUGCAAAUGCAGUCUACAAUUGUUUGCGUGCAUAUGCUGCCACUGAUAAUACUAGGAAUGCUGAAGAUAUAUUCCGCUCAACUGUGGUGGCGCCAUUGAUUCAUAAAGUCAUACCACAAAGUCUUGGAGUUUCUGGGGAAUCUGUAAAUGAACUUGAAGAGGACUAUAAAAAAAUCAAGGAAUAUAUUGUAGCAGAUGCUCGAUUUUUACUGGAUAUCUCAUCAACUGAAAAUUCAGGCUUACAUGUGUCAAGUUUCCUUGCAAAUUCUAUUCUUAGAGAGAUUCACUCUUCCAUCCAAAAAGGAAAACCCGGAGUGUUUUCACCUGGAAGACCUGCAGCUUUCUUGAAAAAUUACAAAGCAAGCUUGGAUUUUUUGGCUUACUUAGAAGGUUACUGUCCAUCAAGAUCUGAAGUGGUCAAGUUUCGAUCUGAAGUUGCAUAUAGUGAUUUUAUGAAGCAAUGGAAUGUUGGGGUCUAUUUCUCAUUAAGAUUUCAGGAGAUAGCUGGGGCCUUAGAUUCUGCCCUUACGGAUGUCAGCCUCGUAACAACACCGUUUGAGGAGCCAAGACCUAAAGAUCUGAUUCUAAAGCAGAGUGCUACUCUUAUUAAGUGUUUAAGAGCUUGCUGGAGUGACGAUGUUCUUGUGAUUUCUUGCUCUGACAAGUUUCUACGAUUAUCUUUGCAACUUAUUUCCAGAUACUGUAGUUGGUUGUCUGCUGGAUUAGGUGCUCGAAAAGCUAGCAGGACAGGGCCUAGUCCAGGAUACGAAUGGGCUCUUUCUUCCACGUCCGAUGAUUUUGUCUAUAUAAUUCAUGAUUUGAAAUGUUUGGCGGAGGAAGUUUGUGGGGCCUACCUCAAUCAUGUACUUGAGUUGCUCAAAUCUUGCCCAUCCCAAGUACUUGAAUUUGUAAAGCAGAGCAUACUACAAGGCGCAAAGUCUCUCAAUGAUCUUGUGCCCCUUGUGAUAAGCGCAGUAGUUGAGACAAUAGUUGAGAGGGCUGUGGAGGAUAUAAGACAAUUAAAGGGAAUAACUGCUACAUAUAGGAUGACAAACAAGCCCUUACCUGUCAGGCAUUCCCCAUAUGUUUCAGGUGUACUGAGGCCAUUAAAGGCAUUCUUGGAAGGAGAACGGGCCACUAGAUACUUGACAGACGAGAUAAGAAACGAGCUUUUAGAUGGUGCCGCCUUCAAGAUCACCGACUGUUACUAUGAGCUAGCUUCAGACCUUGUCAAUGUGGCUAGGAAAACAGAGUCUUCACUUCAGAAGAUACGUUUGGGUGCUCAAAGACGGGCAGGAGCAAGCUCAGAUGUCUCUGAUCAUAAUAUAUCUGACACCGACAAGAUGUGUAUGCAGUUGUUUCUCGACAUUCAGGAAUAUGCACGCAACCUUUCUUCAAUGGGGAUAGAUGCUGCUAGUAUACCUUCAUACCGUUCUUUGUGGCAGUGUGUUGCCCCUUCAGAGAGGCAAACCUCAAUAGAUUUUUAGAGUUUUAUAUGUGUUAGUUCACGAGUCCAUAAGAGAAAUUCCCCCCAUGUCUGCAUUUCAGCUUACUUCAAACAAGUUACUGCUUUUAUCAGCAGCAUUCUAAACUGAGAAUAUCCGAAAAGUUUGUUGGAAAUAUCAGAGAUAAUCCUUGUUGCUGUAAUUUCCCC